AUGGGUAAACGCAAGGAGAUCAAAGAUAACGAUGUCGAAAUGGGCGGCACUGACCCCCGCGUGGACGGCGAUGAGUCCGACGAGGACAUGGACAUUGUGAAUGUCGAUUUCGAAUGGUUCGACCCUCAGCCGAUCGAUUUCCACGGUCUUAAGGUCCUCCUCCGCCAGCUCUUCGACUCCGAUGCCCAGCUCUUCGACAUGUCCGCUUUGUCGGACAUGAUCCUCGCGCAACCGUUGCUGGGAUCAACAGUGAAGGUAGACGGUAACGAGUCGGAUCCGUAUGCCUUCUUGACCGUGCUCAACCUCCAGGAACACAAGGACAAACCCGUCAUCAAAGAUUUGAUAUCCUACCUCCAGCGUAAAGCAUCGUCGAAUCCCGACCUCGCCCCUCUUUCCCAGCUCCUUUCCCAAACACCCGUUCCUCCGAUCGGAUUGAUUCUUACCGAGCGAUUGAUCAAUAUGCCCGCCGAAGUGGUUCCUGCGAUGUACACCAUGCUGAUGGAGGAGAUUGCGUGGGCUAUUCAAGACAAGGAGCCCUACAAGUUCUCGCAUUACCUGAUUGUGUCCAAGAAUUAUGAAGAGGUUGAGUCGAAGUUGGACAUGGAGGACUCGCGGCCGCAGAAGAAAAAGAAGAAGUCGGCUGGUAAGGCUGAAAAGUUUUACUUCCACCCUGAGGAUGAGAUUCUGGAGAAGCACACGCGGUGCUUCGGGUCUAUCGAGUACACACAUAAACACGAUGAGGGACACUCGGAUUCGAAGCGCGCGUUCCAGGAGGCGGGUAUCAGGACCAAUGGAAGUCUGAUGCUUUUCGAUGCGGAUAAACUCGAGGGUGCGAUCAAAGAGAUGAAGGACUUCUUGCAGCCUCCGGUAUGA